UAGGUGCAAGAGAAAGAAAUACAUGAACUGAUUUUAGUUGCCCCAAAAAUAAAAUCAUAAAACGCUCUAGUCAAGUGAUCGUUUACACCUACCUGACCCACCCAUAUAUUGGUUCGCCCGUCAACGCCGGCGACGAGGUCCGCAGCCGGAGGGGCCACGGCCAAGGCCCAGGGGGCAAGAAACGGUCGGAAACGGUCAUGGCGAGCCCGUUGGCCAACUCAAGCGGCCUAUGGACGGUGCUCGGGCAGGCCUCCAACGUGGUGCAGCUCGUCGGCAUCGACGCCCUCGGGCUGGUGUCCAUGGUCGUGCAGGCGGCGCUAGCGGCGCGCCGCCACCGGGACGCGUGCCGGCGGCUGGCGCAGCACGUGGAGCUCGUGGGUGGCCUGCUGCGGGAGCUGGAGCUCGCCGAGCUGAUGCGGCGGGAGGCCACGCGGCGGCCGCUCGAGCAGCUGAGCGCCGCGCUGCGCCGGUGCUACGCGCUCGUCACGGCGUGCCAGGACCGCGGCGGGUGCCUCCACCGACUGUUCUGGGGAACGUGGAUGGCCGACGAGCUCCGCGCCGCGGAGCAGGAGGUCGACAUGUUCAUCCACCUCGUCCCGCUCAUCGCGCUCGUCGACAAUACACAUGAACGUCGGGUAAAGGGUACAGAACGUGUGCCAGUUGUGCUUGCAAGCUGUUCAAACUUUCACACAAGGACUCAGACAAGAGUUGUGGAUUUUACAGAAAUAAGCGUUCAAGGAUCCAUUGUAUCUUGUAAAGUUGAGGAACAACUCUUAGAAGGAAAGGUACAUUUGCAAGAACAGAAAAUCAUGUGUGUGGAAGAGUUGGUGAAGCUGUGCACUCGUACUGAAGAGAAAUACCCAGGAUUCAAAAAGUAUGAUUUCUUUCAGAUAGUAGAUGGCACACAAAUGUUUUCAGAGAAAAGAAUAGUUGGAAGUGGUGGAUUUGGUACAGUUUACAAGGGUGAGUUGAGCGAUGGAGCCAUAGUUGCCAUCAAAAGAUUUGAGCAUGGAACAGAUUUCAGCAGUGAAUUGCAGCUUUUAUGUCUUCAUCAUAUCAAUAUAAUUAAGCUGUUGGGGUGGUGUGUACAUAGACAAGAAAGGAUUCUAGUGUAUGAGUUCAUGCCCAAUCACAGCUUGGAUCGUAUCAUCUUUGGUAAAACUAAAGGGGCACUGCUAAACUGGUAUAAGCGACUUGGCAUAAUUAAAGGGUUGGCAGAGGGGCUUGUUUACAUGCACAAACACUCACAUUUAUGGAUGAUGCAUGGGGACUUAAAACCAAGUAACAUCCUCUUAGAUCAUGACAUUAGCCCAAAGAUUUGUGAUUUUGGAUCAGCUAGAACCUUGAGUUCAGAUGUAGCAGAAGAGCAAACAAGCAGGGUUAUAGGAACUAGUGGUUACAUAGCUCCAGAGUAUGCAUCUCGAGGCCUUUAUUCUGUCAAGACAGAUGUUUUUGGCUUUGGGGUGUUGGCUCUUGUGAUCAUUAGUGGGCGAAAGAAUACUGUACUAGAGCAGCAAGGGGAUACUGUUGGUAACCUCGUACGAGAUGCAUGGCAAUUGUGGAAUGAUGGAAGGCUACAUGAGCUUGUAGACCCAAUGUUACUUGAUGGGUACGAACUCGACGAGAUAGUGAGAUGUGCUCAGGUAGCACUACUAUGUGCUCAAGAAGAUUCGGUAGAUCGACCCACCAUGUCAGAUGUUGUCGCUCUCUUGAACUUUGAAAGCAUAAGUUUGUUACCAUAUCCUAAACAGCCAACUGAGCUAAUUAAAGGAGGUGCUACUGGUGACAAGUUAUCGACAUAUGUUAGCCAAUCAAGCAGGACCAUAGACAUAACCAUCACAAGUUCAGCUCCUGUGUCAACUAGAAUCCAUAUCAUUGUAGACCAAGAGACCUGAAAUGUUAAAGAGAAUAGCAGGAUGUUGAAAGCCUGAAAUGUUGUGGACCUUCCGGCAAUUCAUGCAGAAAUGUCACAUGUCAGCAUUUAGGGAUACCAUGGGAGUUAGGGGAGAAGGAAAAUGGUGGGGGUUGUGGACUCGGUCUUGUAUGCCAUCGGCAAAAUUAUCUUUGAAAUAACUUUGAACUAUGGCAGAAAGAUAUUGUGUACGGUUUUGAGAAUCGGGGAUGUGUGAUGUCUAGUUUUGAAGUUUGAGGAGGAAUUUUGAUACUUUGACACAAGUUCGAAGAAGAUGGACUUUACUCCGAAAGAGAUGUGUAACCGGACACUAUAGCCAUCUUUUCAUGGAUUUGAAACGUUUCUUUUCAUGCAUAUUUGACUGUACAUUAUGCUUUCA